UGAAUCACUCAUAAAUUCAAUUCAAACUAGAGACUACACAGCGAUAGUGAUGGCAACUGGAUAACCGAUGAUUCAUUCAUUCCUGCGUGUUAGUGCAUGUUUUCACGAAAUUAACUGUUUGUCGUUUAUUAUUCUUAUGGUGGUUAACUACAGAACAUACGCAAAUUUCGUCAAAAAACUAUCAAUCAAAUAUGCGAUGUACGAUUAGUAUAUACACAUUGGACGUCGGACUGGAAUAUAUUCAUACAAAUAACGUCGCCUGCUUAGAUUACUACAGAACAUACGCAAAUAUUGGAGAAAAAACACCAAAAGUAUGCAAUAUGCAAAGAGUAUUUGGAUACUGUGCAUCGGACUGGAAUUGAUAAUCAUACAAACAACGUUGGCUGCUUAUGUCCGCCUUCGUGAUGGUCUUACACCUUAUGAAGGACGAGUUGAGGUGUUUCGCAAUGGAACUUGGGAUAGUAUUUGCAGCCGAGGAUGGGAUCUAAAGGACGCUGAAGUAGCUUGUCGGCAACUUGGAUACUGGAGAGGUGCUAUGUUUACAAGGAUAGGUCAAAAUGGGAGAAGCCGUAGCAAGUACAUGCUAUCCAAUAUCGCCUGUACAGGCUUAGAAACUGCUGUUCAGGAUUGUCACCAUAAGAAUGUUCUCACAAGUAAUGAUUACUCAACAAUUGAAGAAGAGGAAUGCCCAGCAACGUUGGCUGCUGGUGUCACGUGCAACGUUCCUGGAUACCAGGGUUGCUUUAAUCAUUUGUCAAAUGCAUUAGCUCUUCGAAGAGUUUGUACGUCUGAUUCCUCAAUAACUGUUAAUGUGUGCGCGGCUUAUUGUAGACGCAAAGGUUAUGCAUACUCUGGUGUUACACACGGUCAAGAAUGUUGCUGUGAUAACCAGGAUCCACGAACCUUCUCCGAGAAGCGAACUAACAACUGGGAUUGCGCUUUGCCGUGUGCUGGAGAUAAUUCACAGGCUUGUGGUGGCAAUCUUUACAUCGCUAUUUACAAAUCAGAAAUUGGCUCAUGUGGUGCAGUUUACACUUCUCGUUCUGGAUACAUAACUUCUCCAGCUUUCCCAUCAACGUUAAGCUUCGAUUCAGCCUGUCAAUGGACAAUAAAGGCACAUGUCACGACGGUCAUCCAUCUUAAAUUUGAGAUGUUUCAACUCGGACCGUCGGAUAACAUGACACUCACGACCAAGAUGAAUCGCAGACUGAUAUUGGAGGGAAAUCAAUUCCAAGGCGUCAUUCCCGUCAUUGAUCCGGUGGUGACAUCAGAAUUGGUGGUAGAAUUGAACACUGGACAGACUGAUAUUUAUUUGCAGCGUGGAUUUGUAAUGCAUUUCAAGACUAAUUCAGGAACAGAAGCAAUCCCAAGCCAGCUUCCAAGUCUAAAUCCUGGACAAGUUCAAACAACAUCACAUUAUAACGAUGAUAUUUAUCCUGAUAAUAUGCAUCCCGGAGGACUCUUUUCUAAGGAAUUAUUGAUAGCAGUAAUUAUUGUGUUUGGAGUAAUUAUGAUCGGGUUGGUACUCGCAUUAACAUGUAGGUUUUAUAGUGGCAAGAAUCAAGAAAAGGAACAAUUUGUUAAAAUACAACAGCCAAAGCGAUUACCUGAAUUCUAUAUUGAACCACCAGCUGAUCAUUAUUAUAACCUUCUUCCACUUCGUAGCCAAUCAAAGCGUUUCAAGUCUAAGCCAACUGUGUGUUUAAAUGAGUAUAGUGGACGGCCAGUAAUGACUAACAAACCGCCAAUAAAACCAAAGCCAAAAAUGACAAAGUCACCUAUGUAUGGUGUAAGUGUCCCAUUAGUUACGAAACCUCCACCAUCAAUGCAGGUAGAUUUAAUUUCUCAGCCACAAUAUCAAAAUUUAGGCCUACCAAUAAAAAACGUUCCGGGUCAAACCCCAUUAAUUAACCAUGCCAGUCCUUAUGAUUAUCAGCCUAUACGGUUUACAACAUUGCAGCAAAAAUCGUGUGUAUUACCUGUUGCAGAUAGUAUUACGACAGUCGAAUAUAGUACACCGUCGUCCGAUUUUCAUUCAAACAAUUUGGGGUUACACAGUGUGCGUACACAGCCACAGACCCGAUGUCCCAUUUUUAAUCAACAAACUAAUUUUCAUAAAAAAUUUGGUAAUAUAUUAUCAAGUAAAGGCAGUAGAAAAAACCAGUAUGAUGAAAUUGGCUUCAAGGUAACUCCAAGAAAAAGAAACAUGUCGCAGAUAUCAAACUCAUCUAGGGACAGUGAUUUAGAUGGUUAUUUAAUACCUUGUAAAUAGAUGCAUUUAUUAUUUUGGUGGUUUUUUUUCUAAAAACAAUAUUUGAAAAUUUAGAGUGGUCUCAGGGUUCGGUCUCCAAUUAGAAACCACUGACUAAGGUCUCUAAACAGACAAUGUCUGAAUAGUAGUCUCCAGAAGCAGCAUAAUUGGAUGGUGAUAAAAUACUAAAACCUCUAAUAACAAAAAACCAAGCUGCAAGUGGUCAUCAAUGACUGCAUCAUUAAAAAGAAACUCCGGACACAAUUAGAACUAAAAUGCAAUAGAUGGUAGGCCGCAAUGAUCAGUAGUCUCCAAAAGCAGCAUAAUUCGAUGGUGAUGAAAUACUAAAACCUCUAAUAACAAAGACCAAACUGCAAGUUGUCGCCAAUGACUGAAUCAUUAAAAAGAAACUCUACAAAUCCGGACACAAGGACUAAAAUUCAGUGGACAGCAGGUCGCAAUAUAAUUAUCCAAGUUAAUCUGUAGGUUUCUGAUGAGGUCAACUUAUUUUAAGCUUUUAACAAUGGUAUUUUAAUUUACAAAACACUGAGGGAUACCAGUAUUAGUGUACAGGAUACAGUACCAUGAAUAUAGGCAUAUUUCUUAAAUAUAAUGAGCAACAGUGCAAACCAUUGAAAUUGAAUGUUUGAAGAACACGAUAUUAAAAUCGGGAAGCAGAACAUCAAUGCAGUUCUUACAUAUCCGGUCACUAUUGCAGUGUGCACACCCACGUCGGACUCCUCUUCAAGUGGGUACAUUUACAAAAAAGAAACCCUGAAAACUGACAAUAAAUUCCUUAACUUUUUUUUAAAAUAUGUGAUUCGGUCAUUAAAGGCUGAUUUAUUUUUGAGUGGAUGUUGUCUAAGAAAAAAAAAUAUUUUGGUUAGUGAGCAUUUGUUAACAAUGCCGAUAUAGUGUGCCCUUUAUUAAAUUUAACAUUAGUUAUAUUUGUGUUAUAUUCUAAAAUAUGGUAGCAUAUACAGUUAUGUCGGAUAACCCUCUCAAAUAACAGUACUGAAAACAGCCAGAAUCAGCAAGCCAUCGGGCUCCUUCCACUGGAUAGACCCCUUCGAGAAUCCCACGGAUUUCUACACUUCAAAGUUAAAAUCUGUGGAAACAUUGUAAAUCAUUGUUAGAUAUGUGAUAAUUAUGUAAAAUGAACAUCUCUGUUAAAUACUGGACAAUCAUUGUUGUAAAUAACAGUGCAUUUGUUGUUAAUAUACUUUUCCAAAGUGGUCUUGUAGAUUGUCUUUUCACAUGGGACUUUUAGUGGUCAUUGUCUUUGAUUAGAGGUGUCUCAGAUUUAGAUGGUGAAUAUAGUGUAAAAGAUAGGUGAUGAGUUGGUACUUUGAUAAAGAAAUAGGGGGGCCUCGAUUUGGAGGGUUAACUGUAAAAGUAACUUAUUAUAUAAUAAUUAUUUAAAUUAUUCGAAAUUGUUUUUUGUUUUUUGUUUUUUUUUUGUUUUUUACUUUGCUGUGAUUAACGAAGCAUUACAAAAAUAUCGUUCCUAAAGCUGAAUAGUUCAUAAGUAACAUGCAUUAAAAUACAGUAUGUUUCGUUAAAUGGCAUCUCUUCAUAGAGAAAACUUUUUUCACUAUAGGACCUUAGCCCUAUGUUUGUAAAAUGUGAACUUACAAAUGUUUGAUAACCGUGACAACUCCAAGAAUACAAUGCAAUAUUUUUUGUCAGUGAUACUUCAUCUCCGUGUUUAACAGAGGUUUCCUAAUGCGCCUUUACUGUAGUUUUCACGUAGCAUUUAGAACAAAUAAAUAAUCAAGGCUUCAAUAGAAACCAUUGAGUUUACAAAAUA